AUGCAGACAGCCAAGCAAGAUGUGUCGUUGAAGUGCAAGUGUGAUGAAGGAAUUGAGACAGGCCAUGAGGUGGAGCUGCUGUGCCAGAAGAAAGAAAUAGAGGAGGAGCUAGCAAGUAUACAGGCACAGUGUGAGCAGGCCACUAAGAAGCACAAGACUGACAGCAACAAGGUUUUUGGAGAAGGACCCAAAGAGCUACUUUGCAUCAAGGAGCCAUCUGACACUGCAGUGGUGCAUCUGGAGGGCCUGGCGCACACCCAAGAUGACCCAAAUCUGAUCUCUCUUGAAAAGGGCCUUGAGUGGCUUAUGGACACUGUGCCUAACGCACAGAUGCACCUCCAGUCUUUGGGUCCCAACACAGUUAAGGUGCUCAACAAGCUCAUUGUCACUUCCAAAAUCGUCAGACAGGGCCUGGAGGGGGUCAAGGAAGCUAGGCCCUACCUGAGAACUGUGGCAUCCAUCAUGCCCCUGGCCGAUUUGGUCAAGGAGGGACUCAAGCUGUUCCUCCAGUGGCGUGACUUCACUCUCAGAGUAGUGAAGGUGGCCCAAAUGGAGAAGAACCUUGCUGUGCAGAGUGCACCUCAUUCAGAAACCAAGAAAAAAGAGGCCAAGGAUGAGGAUGAGGACAAGGACAAGAUGGAGGACGACAAGGAGAAAGGUACAGAGAAAGAAAAGGGAAAGAAGAAGGGGAAGGAAAAGCAGACAAAGAAGCACAUGCAGUAG